CAGGGGUGGAGACUAGAAUGCAAUGAAAAUGAAAGUAAAAUUCUUCAAGUAAACAACAUUUAAGAGCAAGGGGAUUGGGAAUAUAAUCCGUCUAACACAAGAAUACACGAUCAUUUUGAUUGACAGAUGGACCAGUCAAGACCGGCAGCAGUAAUUGUUAACAACAGUCUGGAGAACUGGAAAGUGAUUGGUGCAGGAGGGUAUGGACAAGUCCACAAAGCCAGACAUGUGGUUUGGGGAUUUGAUGUGGCCAUCAAGUUGCUACAAUGUGAUGAGGGCUCUUCCCUGCAUAAUGAGGCAGAAAUGAUGCACAGGAGUAGAAGCCCCCAUGUGAUAAGGAUUCUUGGAGUGUACAAGGAUUGUCCCCCCAAUUGCGGCCCUUCCACCCAGCUGGGUCUUGUGAUGGAGUUCAUGGAGAAGGGGACACUGGAAUCCCUCCUGGACACCCUCUCUCUUCAUCCACCUUGGCCCCACCCCCUUGCCUGUCGCUUGGCCCACCAGAUUGCUCUGGGGAUGAACUUCCUCCAUUGCCUCAAAUCACCCCUUCUGCAUCAAGACCUGAAGCCCAAUAAUGUGUUGCUGGAUAACUACCUUGAUGCCAAGCUUGCAGAUUUUGGCCUGGCCAAGGUGUCCCACAGUGUUUCCACGACGAGCAAAGAGUUCCCUGGGAAGGCUGGGGGAACAUCUAGCUACAUGCCCCCCGAGGCUUUGGAAAAUGUGUCAUACAAACCCAUUCGUGCCUUUGACAUCUACAGCUAUGGUAUACUUCUGUGGUCCAUCAUCACUGGUCAGUCGAAGCCAUAUCCUGAUGUCCAUGCCAGAGAGUUCAGCAGGUUCUGUUUUCUCAUCAAAGACAGAGGACAGAGGCCUUCCCUGGAGGCAGUAGACAAAGUGCAGUUCGAGGGGCUAGGGGACCUGGUGGAGCUCAUGAAGAAGUGCUGGGACCAUGAGCCCUCUAAGAGACCCCCCUUCAAGGAAUGCGUCCUUGUGACAGGAAGAGUGUUUGAGAAGCACCAGAAGGGGAUACAGAAUGUCGUCAAUCAAGUGCUGCUAAAACUGAACCUGGGAAGUGAGGAGGGAAGUAAAACAUCAGGUGUUGGCACCCCCAGUGUAUCUCCAAGUUCAAAGCCACCUGCAUGUCCAAAAGACAAGGUGAAUAUCUCUGCUGAUGUGAAGACUGGUUCACUCCCUCCAACACAGGAUGUGGCUGAUGGCUUGUCCUCAAAACCAAUAGACAAAGAAAGACAGUCAUUUCUGAUGGAGUCAGGCACGGAUGAGACUAAUCAAAAGGAAAAGUGGCUAAAUCAACCUUUUCCAAAGCUCUGCUGAAACAUGAACCUCUUCUAGACAAAGAUUUAGGAAAGCAGCACCCCCCUUUAUGUAAGCUUUUCUUUCUCUGCUGUUGGUGACAUAUCAAAUACAUGUAUAUUCCCGUUAUUUACCAAUGUUAAAUCUCUGUCUCUGCUGCCCUGGGAUCAGCUGUAAUGUUGAUGAUCUACACAUUGAUUUCAUUGUAUAUCCCACCAGGGGACAAUCUGGUGUUUUGAGAUAGAAUUCAGGCUGUUAGAUCAAAUCCAGACAGUAACUAUUAUUUUAGCAGGUGAUCUAAAUCAUACAUUUGAUAAGAUUGAAAGACAUAGUAAUAAAAAGGGGCACAUUUAGAGAACCUCCAAAGAGGCUGAGAAAUGUAAUUUCUGCAAACAAUUUACAGGAAACCUAGAGAUUGCUAUUUCCAACUGCAAAGACUAUAACUUUUUUUUCUCAAAAUAAGAAAAAAAAUUCUAAAAUGGACUACAUAUUUUUUCUCCAAAAAUGUGCUCAACAAUAUACUGGACUAAAUAAAUCAUGAUAUAGUCUUCUCCCCAGUCUAGCCAGGAUCACUGAGAGGCGUGAUGAAUAAAUAGAUGACCUAAAGUCAGGAGUCUAUCAAUCUGCAAGACAACAGUAUGCAUAUUACUGAGGAAAUAUUCAUAUUGGAAAAUAUGGCAUGCUCAACUCUUAAAAAAAGCUUUGUUUGGUGCUGAUAUGAAAUGCAUUUUAGUAACUCAAAAGAAAAUCUUCUGUAUUACGGUCUCACCUGUAUAGUCCUGUACAUUCACGGUUAGAUUCACUGAAAAUCAAUCAUUCUUUAAGGUUGUUUGAAUAACAAAUGUUCUCUAACCCAGGUGCCCAAUUUGUGGAUGAUAACAUGGAACAACUUGUUCAAAGGAUUUCCCUGGUGAUGCCAAUAGCAGAUGGCCUGUACCAGAAGAAAAUGAUCCAUUAUGAGGAUUACUCUGAAAUCACUGCGGCCCAAACCAGUAUGGCAAAGAUGAGAAAGCUAUAUGUGGCCCUGCAACCAGGAGGAUCUGUGGCUAAAUCAGCCUUUUACCAAAUUCUACUGAAACAACAAUAUCUUCUAGUCAAAGAACUGGGUGGGGUUGUCCAGAAAUGAAGUCAUAACUUGAGCGGCUUCUACAGUCUUGGUUUGGACUCACUUUUUUUCAAAUCUCACACAUUACCUCAGAAAUAUUGGUCCUUUCACACCACUGUUGUCAAACAACAAUUUGUAACAAAAUAAAUACAGGAAAAAUAUUAAAUCACGUCAUGUCUUUUCCUGGUUGCUUAAGUGUUCAGACUGCCUAACGAAGACAGCGAACUGGGACCCGGACUGGAAUUUGCCACCAGACAGGAGAAGUCAUACAAAAACGUUGACAUCUGAAUCUUUAAUGGUUUUACUAUAUAAGAUUUUGAAAACCAGUGUGUGUGAAUCACAGGAGGCUGGUGAGGAGGUGACGGCGCAUAGUAAGGGCUGGAAUGGAGGAAAUGGAAUGGCGUUACAUUCAUUCCGUUCCAACCAUUACUAUGAGGUCGUCCUCCCCAAAUAAGGUGCCACCAGCCACCUGUGGUGGGAAUGCUGCAAAUGUCUCACCAUUAUGCCUUAAACAUACCUGGAAACAUAUUAAUAAAAUUAAAAUGUUGAUCCAUUACUACAUCUGUGAAAUAUAAGAGUUUGUCAAUGUGGUGAGUGUUCAGGUCCAGGUGGUGGAUAGGAUACAUUUUUACUCACAGUGUAAAGUUGCUCUUUAUUCUACAGAAAAUCACUGUGUAAACACACAUCAUCCCUACAUUAUAUCUGUCUUCUAUCACCGUAGAGACCAGUAUUCACAAGCAGCACAUGGAGAAAAUCCUUUGCUAUUUUAAUGUUCUUGUUUUUUAAUAUGUGGUAUAUCUGCAUGUUUUGUGAUUCCUGCAUAAGUAAUUGCCUUUGAGGACAAAGUUAUCUGUAUCUAAAUCUGACCUGUAUUAACUCUGAUCACCACUAGAUGGUAGUCACUGACCAGAUUAUGUAGAAUUACAUUUCUAUCCAGAAAAGUAAAUGUGCAUUUGGUAUAGAAUAGAUAUGUUGUAUUUGGUGAAGCCUGUAGACCUGAGACCAGUGGGGUAGAUGGCAAAGCAGGAUCAAUUAUUUCUGAGAUAGACCAACGUGCUCUGAAUAAAACAUGUGAUUACAUGUCUGUAUAUAAAGUCUUAACUCUGCACUUGGAAGUCCACCCCCUCUGAUUCAGAUAAAAAGGGGUGGAGAAUGUCAAGAGAAAACUGAAAGUAAAAAUCUGAAGAAAAAGUUUGAGACAAAGAGUUACUGGGAGUUAUCUGUCCAACACAGACAUAUUUGAUCUACAAUGGCCACACCCGUUCCACAGCGGCUGCUGGCUACCCUAGAAAAACUAGACAAGGCUACAUUUGAGACCUUCCAGUGGAACCUGAUGGAGGAAACACUCGAAGGCUUCAAUCCCAUGUCAAUCGCCAGUCUAGAGGAUGCUAGCAGGCACAAGACUGUGAGUAAGAUGGUGCAGGCCUACAAGCAAGAAGGUGCUAUGAAAAUCACACAGAAGAUCCUGGAGAACAUAGGAAUGAUUGAUCUAGCAGAUAAGUUAAAGACCGAGGGCAAAAAAGAAGAAGGCUUCUAAUCUGUGCUCAGGAAGCUGCCCCUGAAUGUCGGCCUACUUGUGCAAUGAAGUAAAAGCAGUUCUGCAUGCCAUACGUCAAUAUGUGCCCUAUUUAACUCAGGCUACAAAUACAGAACAUGUAUUGGAUGUUGAUUCUUUACAAUGUCAUGGAGAGUCUCUCUCUCUUGCCAGAUCAAGAUGCUACUCCCCAGUCUAGCCAGGAUCAAUCUGCAGUCAUGGAGACAAAGCAGUAUGGUGCCCAAUUUGUGGAUGAUAACAUGGAACAACUUGUUCAAAGGAUUUCCCUGGUGAUGCCAAUAGCAGAUGGCCUGUACCAGAAGAAAAUGAUCCAUUAUGAGGAUUACUCUGAAAUCACUGCGGCCCAAACCAGUAUGGCAAAGAUGAGAAAGCUAUAUGUGGCCCUGCAACCAGGAGGAUCUGUGGCUAAAUCAGCCUUUUACCAAAUUCUACUGAAACAACAAUAUCUUCUAGUCAAAGAACUGGGUGGGGUUGUCCAGAAAUGAAGUCAUAACUUGAGCGGCUUCUACAGUCUUGGUCUGGACUCACUUUUUUUCAAAUCUCACACAUUACCUCAGAAAUAUUGGUCCUUUCACACCACUGUUGUCAAACAACAAUUUGUAACAAAAUAUAUAUAUAUUUUUAAAAUGAAUCAGACCAUGUAUUUUCCUGGUUGCUUCAUUGUUCAGAUUGCAUACCGAAGACAGCGAACUAGGACCCAGACUGGGAUUUGCCACCAGACAAGAGAAGUCAUACAAAAACCAUCUUUAAUAGUUUUACUCUAUAAGAUUUUGAAAUACAGUGUGUGGGAAUCACAUGAAACUGGUAAUGAGAGGACGGCUCAUACUAAGGGCUUGAAUGGAGGAAAUGGAAUGGUAUCAAACAGAUUGAUCUGUCCAUUCAUUCCGUUCCAGCCAUUACUAUGAGCUUGUCCUCCCAAAUUAAGGCGCCACCAGCCACCUGUGGUGGGAAUACUGCAAAUAUCUCACCAUUAUGCCUAAACAUACCUGGAAACAUUUUCAUUUGAAAAACAAAAAGUUGAUCCAUUACUACAUCUGUGAAAUAUAAGAGUUUGUCAAUGUGGUGAGUGUUCAGAUCCAGGUGGUGGAUAGGAUACAUUUUUACUCACAGUGUAAAGUUGCUCUUUAUUCUACAGAAAAUCACUGUGUAAACACAAAUCAUCACUACAUGUGCACUUUAUAACUGUGUCAGCUUGGAGAGCAGCGCAUAGAGACCUCUAUUUACAAGCAGCCCAUUAAGUAUAUUCUCUGCUCUUUUAAUGUGGAACUGAAAGAAGUUUUAGCAACAAGACAUCUUAUUCAAAUCUUUUUUAUACACCCCCAUUUUCUGGAAAGCGAGCACUUAAGAUACAUGGUCAUUUUCAUGAAGUCUUUGAAUGUUUGGGAAUUAUCUAUACUAAAGAAUUUGUGAAAAUUCAAAAGCAAUAUUGAGUGGGAAAGUGGCCACGGGUUUGGACAAUUAAUUGACACUGCAGCAAAUAAAACCUAAUAAAAACAUCUGUCUCGUCCAGGCCUGUUGUCCACGCAGACCGUUGCUCCAUAGCAAAUCUGAAUAUCCACAUCACAGCCUUAUUCUAAAAUUGAAUUUUUUUUUUUAUUCUUCAUUCUACACACAAUUCCCCAAAUUAACAAAGUGAAACAGUUUUUUAGAAAUGUUUGCAAAUGUAUUACAAAUAAAAACAGAAAUACCUAACUUACAUAAGUAUUCAGACCCCUUGCUAUAAGACUCAAAAUUGAGCUCAGGUGCAUCCUGUUUCCAUUGAUCAUCCUUGAGAUGUUUCUACAGCUAGAUUGGAGUCCACCUGUGGUAAAUUCAAUUGAUUCGACAUGAUUUCGAAAGGCACACACCAGUCUAUAUAAAGUCCAACAGUUGACAGUGCAUGUCAAAACAAAAACAAAGCCCUGAGGUGGAAGCAAUUGUCUGUAGAGCGUCGAGGCAGGAUUGUGUCGAGACACAGACCUGGGGAAGGGUACUAAAAAAUGUCUGAAGCAUUGAAGGUCCCCAAGAACUCCAUCCUUUUUAAAUGGAAGAAGUUUAGAACCACCAAGACUCUUCCUCAAUCAAGCUUUCCGCCCAGCCAAACUGAUCAAUCAGUGGGAUGACCUUGGUCAGGGAGGUGACCAAGAACCUGAUGGCCAAUCUGACUGAGCUCCAGAGUUAUUCUGGGGAAAUGGGAGUACCUUCCAGAUGCACACACAUCUCCACAGCACUCCACCAAUCAGGCCUUUUUGAUAGUGUGGCCAAACAGAAGCCACUCCUCAGUAAAAGUCACAUUACAGCCCACUUGUAGUUUGCCAAAAGGCACCUAAAGGACUCUCAGAACAUGAGAAACAAGAUUAUCUGGUCUCAUGAAACCAAGAUAGAACUCUUUGGCCUGAAUGACAAGCGUCACAUCUGAAGGAAACCUGGCGCCAUCCCUAUGGUGAAGCAUGGUGGUGGCAGCAUCAUCCUGCUGGGACGUUUUUCAGCGGCAGGGACCGGGAGACUAGUCAGGAUCGAGGGAAAGAUAAUCGGAGCAAAGUACCAAGGUUACAACAGGACAAUGACUCUAAGCACACAGCCAAGACAACGCAGGAAUGGCUUGGGGACAAGUCUCUGAAUGUCCUUGAGUGGCCCAGCCAGAGCCCGGACUUGAACCCAUUCGAAAAUCUCUGGAAAGACCUGAAAAUAGCUGUGCAGCGACGCUCCCCAUCCAACCUGACAAAGCUUGAGAGGAUCUGUAGAGAAGAAUGGGAAAAACUCCCCAAAUACAGGAUUGCCAAGCUUGUAACGUCAUACCCAAGAAGACUAAAGGCUGUAAUCACUGCCAUAGGUGAUUCAACAAAGUACUGAGUAAAGGGUCUGUGAACUUAUGUACUGUAAAUGUGAUAGAUGUUUUUUUUGUGGCAAAAAAAUAUGAAAUCCUGUUUUUUCUUGGUCAUUAUUUUGUGUAGAUUGAUGAGGAAAAUAAACAAUGUAUUCCAUUUUAGAAUAAGGCUGUAAUGUAACAAAAUGUGGAAAAAGUCAAGGGGUAUGAAUACUUUCCGAAUGCACUGUAUAUGCCAACAAGACAUUUGCCACAAUGGCCUGUCAUCAUUCACUUCAAACUGUACUGUGUGUUCAUAGGCAAUUGCAACAGCUCGAUUUUAGUUCCUUACUUCGCAUUAGGCAAAAGCCACAAAAUACACUUGAAUGGAUUUCUGCAAAUAUGUAGCUAAAUACCACUCUUACAUUUGGGAUAUUGAUCAAACAACCGUAAAAAAGGUAGGCUAUCUUUCCCUAUGUGAACAGCAACAACAGCAAGAUAAACAACUAAAGCUAGCCAGAGCAAGAUGAGCUCAAAUCUAAUUAAGGAACAAUAGAUUUACCCUCUCAAACCUUUUCAGCUUUUGUUGGCCUUCAAAAUUGCACUGACAACCCCGAUGGGGACUAUCCUGCUCGUCCUUCUGCAGUUUGUCUGCCAAUUUAUGCGUUGUCCCAACAAAGCACACAUGCUAACUGGCUAAAGUUGGCUAGCUUGCUAGCUACUUCCAGACACAAAUGACAGAACACCUCCCUGACCAUUUUUAUAUAGACCAUUCGUGACUAACAAUAGAUUUGUUUGCCUACAUUUACUUACACCGGCCAUAUUCAGCAGGUCUUGCGCGUUCGUAAAUUAUUCUGCGCUACUAUCUACAAUAGUAGAUAGCAUAUCUCUUGCAUUUGCAAAUUCACUCUGGCUAGCUAACUAGCUAGCUAAUCGUUUUAUAUGCUAACUAGCUAGCUAGCAAAUCUUUUCACAUUUCUUGCUAUCUAAUGACAUGUGCAUCACUAGUUGUGUAGCCCCCGAAAUGCGAUAAGGGGAAAAGUCACUCACAAACCCACUCCUCCAGUCCACCUAGCGGCUAGCUAGCUAAUGUUAGGCUCUGUGUUUUUAGCGUGCUACUACAUAAAUAGAUAUGCUACAUGUAGCAUAUUAGCCACGUUAUGACUGACUUGUGAUCAUUGCCCUUUCUAGUUUGACACAUCGUCCGUUUUUGUCCAAAACAUUGAGUCAUUGAAACUGAAACAGUGCCUUCCAAACAGAGGCAGCAAACAAUGUACCAGGCCAGCUGUGUUUUACAACCUGAUAGGAAUAUUUUUUGGACUACCAAGAAAUGUAUUGGUGAAUUACUGUAUAUUAAUCAUGAAUUGAACUUCAUCCAUCUAUUCUUCCAACAAUGCCUUAGUGUAUGUCACGUAAUCACAAAAAAACUGGAGGGCCAGCUGCUGAGUUCCUGGAGAGGUGGGUUUCCACCAGUCUUUCCCCAACUGCCAAAUGGUCACUAACAACGACCGCAGACAGGCACUCCAGGUGAGGGAGAAGCUGACCACACUUCUCAUGGCAGCAUGCGGUGGAGUGAAGGUUAUUUUAAAGAAACAUCCACCGUUGUCCAUAAAAUAAAAUUCCUCAGAUUA